AUGCUCAGCCCCGGUGGCCAUCGUCUAUGGAUCUGCGCCAGCUGCGUUCACCGCGUGACCUUGCCGAGGACGGCGGCCACUUCAAUACUUCAACAGCGGCGAUGGGAGACGGCAGCUGCCGCAGAGGCUACGCGUCCCUCAAAUCCUGCCCACCACAACGUCAGUUCUCGCCACGAAGACGCCGUUCUUCGCCAUCUUUUCGAUGCCCCGUCCGGCGGCCUGUCGUUCCCGAGUUUCAGUCUCAAGAAGAGCCAGGGACUUUUCAAAAAUCGAUACCUUACGAGCCCCGAUGGAUUCUUUGUCUUUGCCCAAAAGAACCUCGAGAAGGCUACGCGUCUUGUGCAGAGAGUUCUCAGUGCCUCAACCACGGAGGACUAUCGGGGCGUGGUCAAAGACCUAGAUAGGUUGAGUGACUUGCUUUGUCGAGUGCUCGACAUGUCGGACUUUGUACGCAUGACACAUCCUGAUGUCCGCUUUCAACAGGCGGCGGCGGGCGCCUGGUCCAUGGUGUAUCAAUACAUGAACCAAUUAAAUACUAUGACGGGUCUGAGUGAUCAAUUGGCCAAGGCGCUUUCGCGUCCCGAAGUCACUUCUGUCUGGUCAGAUGAAGAGAAAACCGUUGCCGAACUGCUCAAGUUGGACUUUAUGAAGUCGGCCGUCAACCUGCCCAAAAAGGCGAGGGAUCGCUUCGUCGAGCUUUCGUCUCGCAUUAGCGACAUCGGCUGCGCCUUUGUACAGGGCAUGGAGCCGGAGAUCAAGGAAGUCAUGCUGCCAUCUCAUAGGUUUUACGGAUUAUAUCCCGGUCUGGCUGCCACCCUCAAGAUUCGGUCUCAGAUAUCCAUUGCGACGACGGGUACUGAAUCCGCCGCUGCUCUACAGAGCGUGUACGACGAAGAAACUCGCAAGGAGAUUUACCUGGCGCAACGGACGGCAUCUCGUAGCACCAUUGAGCACUUGGAAUUGAUGCUGAAGCUUCGCGCGGAAUUGGCAGAGCUCGCAGGGUUCGAAAGCCAUGGCCACAUGGCCCUCAAGGACAGAAUGAUGGCCAAGUCGCCGGCCUCCGUUAUGAAGUUUCUCCUCGCUUUGCGCAACCACAACGCCCCCACUGUUCAGCAGGAACUUCUUGAGCUGACGGAAAAGAAGCGGGAACGUCUUGCCAUGCCUGAAGUGGACUUGCAGGCCUGGGACAGGGACUUCUACAUGGAGAAAGUACGGGCUGAAAUGCGCACCCGCGUCCGUCACGAAGACCAACUAACAGCCUUCUUCUCUGUGGGCACCGUCAUGCAAGGCCUGUCGCGGCUCUUUGACCGACUCUAUGGAGUGCGCUUCGUCCCGCGCGAGGCCCUGCCCGGAGAAGUUUGGCAUCCAGACGUCAAGCGACUAGACGUCGUGUCAGACGAUGGGGAACAGCUCGCCGUUUUAUAUUGCGAUUUGUUCUAUCGUCCUCAAAAGUCCCCUAACCCAGCGCACUUCACAGUCAGAUGUUCUCGCGAGAUUCUCGCCGACGAACUCAACGAAGCAACAGAGGACAUGGUAUCGGCGACACCCAUCUUUGACUCCCCCGAGUCGGCCGCCAACGACGGCAUGGAAACAUCCCAGCGUGAUGGCAAACUCAAACAACUACCCACCAUUGCCCUCGUCUGCGAUUUCCCCAAGAGCGAUUCGGCCCGUGAGCCCGCCUUCCUAUCAUUCUACUCUGUAGAAACACUGUUCCACGAAAUGGGCCACGCCAUCCACUCCAUCCUUGCGCGAACAUCCUUCCAAAACGUCUCGGGCACCCGGUGCGCCACCGACUUCGCCGAACUCCCAUCCACACUCAUGGAGCACUUCGCAGCCGAUCCUACAGUCCUCUCUCUCUUCGCCCGCCACUGGAAGACGGACCGCCCCCUCCCUUACGACCUUGUCCAAGAACGCAUUACCCUGUCAAAACGUUUCGAAGGCAUCGACACGGAGCACCAAAUCAUUCUUGCAAUACUCGACCAAGCCUACCACUCGCCCCAAGUGACUGAUCUCGCGUUUGACUCGACGCGCAUCUUCCACCAAAUCCAACACAACUUCGCCCACGGACCCAAAGACCCCCCUGAGACGAGCUGGCAAGGCUUCUUUGGCCACUUGCACUCGUACGGAAGCACGUAUUACAGCUACCUCUUUGACCGGGUUCUCGCAGAGCGUGUGUGGCGGAUGGUUUUCAAAGGCGGCGAUAACCAAGCCGCCAUAAGCAGGGACAACGGCGAGCGUCUGAAGCAGAAUUUAUUGAAAUGGGGCGGCGGUCGAGAUCCCUGGAGAUGUUUGUCAGACACGUUGAAGGACGAGAGACUGGCCGCUGGCGAUGAGGAGUCGAUGGCUUUGGUGGGUAGCUGGGGCAUUGAGGAUCACCGUCACAGUUCUUACAGGAAUGCCAAUCCCGUCCAGGGCGUGCGUGUCACAGUGCGUGAUUCCAUCUCCUGA